CCCUCACCUGUUUCCAAGCAAGAUACAAUUACUGCCCGGUUCAUUUGGUUGGAGGGUAUAUCAGCCGAAACGUUGUGUUAACAACAAACAAGAUAAAAUGGAGCAGAGAAUUAUCAAAAUAAUGCAAAAGAAAAAAUCCACAAAACAUAGAGCAUUUGGAGUUACCCAUCAAUCCACUUUAAAGGCAUUACAUCGGUUGUCAAGCAAAUCUGAAGGAGACCUUCAAAGAAGACAAACAAAUAUACAAAUAGCGGAUAUGCAAUUUGCUAAUAAUACUGAAGAUGUUGAUUCAACAAGCAAUAUAUCUGAUACAGAUGAUGUAAUGAUAGAAAAUUUUGAAAAUGAACAAUCAAUGAUAAGCGUACAACAAAAUUAUAGUCAACCAGAAUUUUUUAUAAUUGAAAAUUCAGAUGAACCCAUCAAUUUAGCAUACAGAAUGUCAAAAGUAAAAUUUAAGGAGAGUGCUGAACAGAUCAUGGAGAAGCAAGUAAAAGGUAAAUUGGUACCACAUAAGCUGUCCGAGUCAUUUCCUCUUCUAAGAAUGGUCUGUGAGAAAGAAAAAAAGGUAAUGUUUGCUGGUGAUUCCUCUGAACAUUCAUCUGAAUUUGAGCCUCAAGACAUCUUAGAUUUCCUGACCGAUUCCAAAAAUUUUGAUGUCAGUUUGUCAGAGUCGUUUACACCUGAGAAGACAGCUUAUAUUGCAUCAGCAGACCCUUUGGCCAAGAGAUUUUACCAGCUCAUGUGCAUCCGUGACAAUGUUCGUCCUCUUCCAAUUAUACUCAACAAUUUAGAAAAAAAAAAAUUUGAACUGCACCAGUAUUCCAUAUAUAUAAGAAUGUUUGAAAUCUUUAUGGAAACUUUGAAGAAUAACCGAAGAGUGGAAGUUUUGGAGUUGAUUGAAAACCAAAUCGAUAAUGAACGAGCGAUUCUCAUUGCCAAAAUGUUACAAAAGAAUAUUACUAUUUUCAGUCUGAACUUAUCAAGAAACUGUAUUGGUAUGGAAGGGAUCUCAGCUCUCUCAGACGUUCUGGAUUCUUCUUACUCUGUGACAUGUCUAUAUCUAUCAGGUAAGUAAUAUAAUAUGACUUUUAGAACUGAGAUUCACAGAGAGGUU